AACGAAGAGCAAAACCUAACCUAGCUCCCAUCCCGGUGCCCGCCGCCGCCCAAGUCCCUCGCCACCCGCACAAGACCUUGACCAAAUCGCCGCGCAAGCUCUACCUCCCCACCCGCACAAGACCUUGCGUGAAGUUCUGUUGAUCAUCAAGUCAAGUUCAGACAGGGUGUUCUUUUGGUUUGGUUGGGAGACCAGCAACGACGAAGAUGAACAGGCGCUUUGUCAAUCUGGUGAUGCAUAAUUUGGUCGAAGGCGUUUAUUCGGUGCGCCGGAUCAAUCCUUACAAUCAUCUCUUCUACCCGUCAGCAAAGGUAGCACUUGAAGCAGCAGAUGAAGCAGCAAAGAAUAAGGAUUAUUUUCCAGUGAUGCAGUCCCUGCAGCUGCCGGACCCAGGCAUCAAGUUCACAACAACUCCCUCUGGUGGCGGUCUUGAUAUGUUCGCGCUCUUCAACCCCCGCGGCACCAGCGAAGGCAGAAUUGUUUUUGGCAAUUCGAUCGGCGAGGCUGUGCUGUACGACGCCGACAAGCAGCUCAUCAACACCAUGGGUUACCUCCACGAGCCUAAGGGAGUAGACCCCAUGUGCCUGCCUAUCGUGCACCCUGGUACCGACCAAGAUAGCUUGUAUGUCCUGGACAGUUACCCCGGGAAGGCUGAUGGUCGAUGCUUCGAGGUCCUUGAGUUCAUGCCCGAGUGCAGUGAACUGAGCAACUUGUGGACGACCUGGCGUUGGCGACUACUUCCACCGCCUCCUUUUGUCCACCAACCUGGGUAUAAACCUUCCUCUGUUCUCUCUUACACUACCACAGUCGACAGCUAUGGCUUUUCCACCAUCUACAUAUCAUGUGAGGGCAGCAUCGGCACAUAUAGCUUUCAGACAGCACACCAUGACUCCAAGCACCGUCGACGAUGGAGCCACUCGGAAGAAUGGAAGCACGUCGGGCAGUGGAAGUUGCCCUUUAAUGGCAGAGCUCAGUACAUCCCUGAGUUCAGCCUGUGGUUUGGCUUCUCAGCCUUCAGGCCCAACAACCUGUGUGCUGUGGACCUCUCUGCCAUGGUCCAUGAGCGAACACCCAUUGAGCAGCAAGUUUGGCAAGACCUGAUCCCACCUGAGGGAGUGGCGUGGAUUCCAUUACGCCGUGAGCUUCUCAACCUGGGCGAUGGCAAGUUUGUCAUUGCUAAGACCUUUGAAGCAGAAUCAACUGGUCAGCAGUUUGCUGUGCUCACUGGCGUAGAGAUGAUGCAUGAUGUUGGUGAUGAUCAGACCCUUCAGAUGGUCAAGCACAAGUGUGCACGCUAUGCCUUCACGACUGAUGCCAUCAAGUGGGUGCUCUGAAGGAAUAAUUUGCCGCAUUUGUUAUGCAGUCAUCUAUUUCCUUCCUAGUAGGUCUAUUUGCAUAAUUAAAGCUUUCUGAGUUCGGCCUGUCUAUGAGAUUGUUACGAACUCUACAAUCUUUCCUGUCUGGAAAGUGAACAUUGUAUCAUGUUGAAUGAUCUGGAUGGCUGGUUUUUCUGUUUCUUUUGUUGGCCGGUGAGCAUGCAUGGUUUUUCAGAUCAAGAGCUUCCUUCUGUACUAUCUACAAGUUGAUUGUAACUCUGCUGGGUGAGCAUGCAUGUUCUUGUUUA